AUAGCUUCACUUCGUAGUUUGCUAUUUGUUGCACGUGUUUUGUUUUAUAUCAAAUUGUUUGCAACCAGUAAAAGUUAAUUUAAUUUUUGCCAAAAUGGGCAAGAAAUCGAAAGGAGGCAGCAAUCUGGGGCGCCAGCUCAUCAAGGAUCGUUUUGGCCACACACCUCGGCGUAAGGUGGACAACGACACAAUGUUGCACACAACGGAGUUGCAAGAUGGUUACGACUGGGGUCGCUUGAAUCUAUCAUCGGUGACGGAGGAGUCCUCGUUUAACGCUUUUCUGCGUACGGCGGAAUUGGCGGGCACGGAAUUCCAGGCGGAGAAACUGAACAUAACAUUCGUGAAUCCGAAGCAGCGUGUUGGAUUGCUGAGCAAGACACAGGAGCAGCAUAUGCACAAGAAGCACGCCGAGCACAUUGAUCAGCUGAAGAUUCCACGUCGUCCCAAGUGGACCAAGGAGACGAGCGCCGAGGAUUUGGAGCGUGCCGAGAAUGAGGCGUUUCUCAAUUGGCGUCGCGACCUGGCCAUGUUGCAGGAGAACGAGGAGAUUCUGAUGACGCCGUACGAGAAGAAUCUCGAGUUCUGGCGCCAACUGUGGCGCGUUGUCGAGCGAUCCGAUGUUGUUGUCCAGAUUGUGGAUGCACGUAAUCCGUUGCUCUUUCGCAGCGUUGAUCUAGAGAAAUAUGUUAAGGAGGUGGACAGCAACAAGCUGAACAUGAUCCUGGUGAACAAAUCGGAUCUGCUGACGCUCGAGCAGCGCCAGCACUGGGCACAGUAUUUCGACUGUGAGGGAAUCCGGACAGCCUUCUACUCGGCCACGCUCGUCGAGGAGGAGCUGAAGCGAGAGGCGGAGGCAGCCAAGCUGGCCGACGAAUCGCCUUCAUCUGCCCUAGAGCUGAAACAGUUACGCGACGCUGCCGAAGAGAUUCAGCAAUCCCUGGAUGCCGUCGAGCACACACUGGACGCCAUUGAGAGCAAGCUGCAACCAAAGGCGUCAGCGGAGUCAGAGGUCAAGCUGCCCAGGUUGCCUGGCGACAAGAACAGUGCACAUCUGUUGUCCCGCACGGAACUGAUAGACUUUCUGCGUCACAUCUAUACGGGACCCAGGCACACCAAGCAGCAUGUUACCAUCGGCAUGGUGGGCUAUCCCAAUGUGGGCAAGAGCAGCACCAUCAACUCCCUGAUGACGGUGAAGAAGGUUUCCGUCUCGGCCACUCCGGGCAAGACAAAACACUUUCAGACUCUAUUCCUGGAGAACGACAUUCUUCUAUGCGAUUGUCCUGGUCUGGUGAUGCCCAGUUUUGUGCUCACCAAGGCGGACAUGUUGCUCAAUGGCAUCUUGCCCAUUGAUCAGAUGCGUGAUCAUGUGCCCGCAGUGAAUCUGCUCUGCGAGCGCAUCCCUCGACACGUGCUCGAGGAUAAGUAUGGCAUUGUGAUAGCCAAGCCCCCAGAGGGUGAGGAUCCAGAUCGUCCACCCUUCUCCGAGGAGCUGCUGCUCGCCUAUGGCUACAAUCGCGGAUUCAUGACGUCCAAUGGUCAACCGGAUCAAGCUCGUUCCUCUCGCUACGUGCUGAAGGAUUAUGUCAAUGGUAAGCUGCUCUACGCUCUGGGUCCUCCCUCGGUCAUCCAGUCUGAAUAUCACACAUUUCCCGAGCGCCAACGUAAACCUCUAGAGGAAUCCCAGUUACCCGGACAACAGCAACGUGCUAUGCGUAUCGAUAAGAGCACGUCCAAGGAACUGGAUCAGCAAUUCUUUACCGCCCAGCCAAGUGCUGCCCACGUCAAGGGACGCACGAAUUUCCCCCAUGUGCGUCUGGCAAAUGAUGGCACCCUGGUGGCUGGCGACACUGGACCCGCCGCCAAGCCCUGGCGAAAUGUGAAGAAGGAGCGACGUGAGAAGCUGCGCAAGAAGUUCUCCCACCUCGAUGAGCACUAAGUGGACGCAGGAGCAGCUGCCAUGUGAACUUAUUAUACACACAAAAGGUGCUGCAGUGCAGCAGUCCUUUCCAGUUAUGUAUGGUUAAAAAACUCUGUUGUAAAUUAAAGUUAGCGUAAUCCCUACUCUCCGA